CAAGUCCCUAAAUCUUUUCGUCUCGUGCAGGCUUUGCUUUUGGCGCCUGUCACUUUGCUGAUUGCGAAAGUGGCCCCUGCGGUGGUGGCAGCUAGCUUACAUACAACACUGUGCACCAGUGCUUCACCAUCUUCCUUCCCUUGGUCUUCACUUCUGGACCCGGACCAUCAUAUGUCGUUUGGCCCUAACCCGUCGGAUUUUCGCCCAUAACACCCAUUGUGCCUAAAGCCCAUGGCAUGGUCGAUCGCCCGCAAUCGCCUCCGCCAACUGCUCCCGUCCUAAGACAAGAUCUACACACUUCGAUGCACUGUCUGGUUUCGUACGUUCAGAUUCGGGAAUUGCGACAACACAGCGCUGCACAUGGCUGUGGGAACGGACCGCCGUGCGAAGAAGACCGCUUCCAGACUAGACCAGCCGUUGCCUCUCCAGCCUGUCCGUAACGUAAUGUCCUUUAAUCCUCCGGACCACAGUGCUGGCGUCGAUGGUCCUGCUCCAGAGCCUACCUCUGUUCACAGUCCAACGGAUCAUCUUGACCUCAAGAACAACUUGACUGGACCGGAGUCCACCAUCCAAACACAUCAACAUCCUAGCAAAAAAAGACGUUCGUCUAAGAGCAAGAUACCUGGAGAACUUCGACGAUCAACGUCUACGCCACACAUGCGCAACUUGGCUUUAGGGACAUCUGGCGAGUUGUCGCCAACAAGCAAUAAGGCGCGCAAUAAGCUGGGAUACCAUCGAACAUCUGUCGCGUGCGGACACUGCCGACGGAGAAAGAUUCGAUGUCUUCUGGCGCCAGAUGACCCACAAGGCCGUUGCUCGAAUUGCAUUCGAUUAAAGAAAGAAUGCAACUUCUUCCCAGUGGAACACAAUCUCGACACACAACAUCCCUCAGGUGCAGUAAAGGAUCUGAGUACAGGGACACCAACAACACCGGUGGCCUCAUCGCCAAGACAUCUGCCUCCACACGCAGAAGAAAAGAUCGGCGACUUCCACCCGCCAUACCAUGGGGUUUCAGCAGCCGCGCCGAAUGCGCCUUACGGAUAUUCCGGCGAACCAGAUAUCGAUCCUCAUCAUACGCCCACUUCAAGUGGAGUACAACAUGCAGCCUAUUCGUAUCCUCCUCCGAUAGAGACACAGUGGCCUCCAACAACUAGCUAUCUUCCAUCGUCAACGAUCGCCGAAAGCCCCAAUUCAUACUGGCGACAAUCUCCGUCAACAGCGAACUCCGUGUACGGAAGUGAGUCGGGCGUCUCCGGCGUGCAUACCCCAGCUACUAUGAGCACAAGCUCAACAAUGUCGUACGGCCACCCAGAGAGCCACGCGUGGGGUCAGCAACCUUCGUUCCAACCACCACCAACACGAUCGAUGUCUUACGGCAACAUUGAGGGUUUACCGCAACAAUACCCUGGUCAAGGUCUUGGAAUUCAGCAGGACUUCGGGCGACGAACCUCCCCCUACCCUUAUCCCACCAGUAUAGACACAAGUCAACCAACGUUACACGCCACCACCAUGGGAGGGUCGACAUCCGGACCUCUUUCCGCGCCAGUGCUUCAGUCCCACCAGUUCUACCCACCAGCUUGGAACUCCUACGAACAUAAUCAGAUGUCACCAAUGCAAAUACCUGGUCGCUCAAUGAGCGCACAAUGGUACGCAGAGCCGGGGCAUCUGGACCAAGUGCAGGAAGAGGGCGGACCACCUAUGGCUUACAACCAGCAUGGGGUACCACAAUACUACUCUGGCGCAUGAUCUGACAAGCCAGCUCCGUUUCUUACAGCAAACUGGCUCCCAACAAGACUUUCACAUUCAGAGAUAUUGAACGCUUUCAGUGGGCUUAAAACCCAGGCAGUACGCAUUGCCUGUCGUAUCAAGGGCUCCUAUAACGGCGGUACUUUUCCCACGA